GGCAGGAAAAUACUACGACUAAUAUAACAUAUCGAACAUCACGACCAAUAAAUAAGAGUCAUCAGUACCAUGGCGUCGAUAUACCGGCUGGGAGACGACGGGGUCGCGCUCCUCGUUGCGCAGUGCUACCAGCUGGUCGAUCUCAAAGACCUCGACAUACCGCCUUCAUCCAUCCUCAAAAGUCCCUCCGUCCAGACUUACAUCUACAAUGAACUGUUUAAUGAGGGUGUUCUCUCGCCUAUUAUCCCCCCUGAAACCUACCGACUGCGAGUCUUGAAAGCUCUUAUAAGUAGAAUUGAAGCGAGCGAGGACUGGGAUCCGGAGGAGGAUGAAAUCAUCGAGCCUCUAAUAACAGCUCUAACAAUUCUCAUGUCUCUACCAAAAGAAGACUCCUCGGGGAUCGAUUCUCCGCCACUACUGUCAUUUGUAAAGUACACUCUCCCCAGCAGUACUCGCUCGCAGACAACAAAAUCCAUCGCAACAUCAGAAUCACGAGGUUUGAUCUACGGGUUUGGCUCGACAGGGUUCCGUACCUGGGAAGCCGCCUUGCAUCUUGGCACAUACCUCUCAUGCACAGAAGACGGACGGGCUUUGAUUCAAGGGAAAAGGGUUCUCGAGCUCGGUGCCGGGACAGGCUUUGUUUCGUUACUAUGUAAAAGGCAUCUUGGGGCUAAAAGUGUGCUGAUGACCGAUGGGAAUGCAAAGCUUGUUGAUUUGUUUAAUUCGACUUGCUUGAAAGAGAACAAACUUGCGGACGACCAAGACAUUCAAGGGGAAGUAUGGGAAUGGGGGACGGCAUUAGCACAGGAAGACGGUAGUGAUGCAUCGGUGGAGAGGUUCGAUGUUGCGCUGGGUGCGGACUUGACAUACGACACCUCCAUUAUCCCGCUUCUGACUGAUACAGUAUCCACGCUGUUCUCUUCACAUGGCGUUAAAAAGUUUGUCUUGUCCGCAACAAUUCGGAACGAAGAGACAUUUAAUGCUUUUCUUGCUGCUUGUCGCGAUCAUGACUUUCGUAUAUCGAAGAUUCAAUAUGAGUCGCCGUCUUUUGCAGAUCAGACAGGAUUCUUUCACGACACAAGAACGCCAAUUUGGACGUAUACGAUCGAGCCAUCUUAGGAUCUCAACGUGGAGUGAUUAUUUUCCCGGGUAAACCCCGCGCAUGAUAGCGCUCUCACGAUCCCA